CUUUCAUUGACUGCGCCUCAGAAUGGCUCAAAUGUGAAUCUCAUGAGAGCCAGAAUACAGUCUAAACGUCUGGCAACAAGCUGCUGCUGGUAGUGUCAUUCCAUGGUCUUGACCUGCAGACUCCCCAACACUGAGAUCCAACUCUGGAAGAGGACACUCAACUUGAUGCUCAGGACAUGAAGCCAAACUAACUGAAUGAAGAAUCUGUCCUUUGCCCUGUUUGCACUUUCUUCACUUGCAGGGAAAGCUUUGCAGAGCUGAAUACAUUGGAAACCUAAGUCAGCAACAUUGGAAGUCAUGGUCCCCUCACUGCACUGGUUCCUGCUAUUGUGGGGACUUCAGGGUCUUUGUGCACAGGGCUAUGACGAAGACUCUCGUGAACAGGUGGUGACUACCAGGAAGAGGAGCAAAGUAUAUUCAUCCAAUUUCAUACCACAAAAUAGCAAAGCAUUAGUCGAUGAAGACUGCAACGUAGAGAUAGCUUUCCUGAUCGACAGCUCAGAGAGCGCCAAAGAGAACCAUGCUCAGGAGAAGCACUUCGUCACAGAAGUGGUGGACCGAAUGCAGGGCCUCCGCCUGCAGACCGGCCGGGGCAUCAGCUCCCGUGCAGCACUCCUCCAGUACAGCAGUACAGUCCUCACAGAGCAGACCUUCAAAGAGUGGAGGGGCGCCGACAACUUCAAGGCCAAAGUGACUCCCAUUGUGUACAUCGGCCACGGCACCUACACAACCUACGCCAUCACCAACCUAACCCGCAUCUACCUGGAUGAGUCGGAUCCCAGCAGCAUCAAGGUGGCCGUCCUGCUCUUUGAUGGCAUCUCGCACCCCAGAAAUCCAGAUAUAUUUGCAGCUGUGGCUGAUGCCAAGAACCAGGGAGUCCGUUUCUUCACCAUAGGUAUCACACCUGAAGCCAAUGAACCUGCCAAUGUAGCUCAGUUGAGGCUUAUUGCUAAUUCCCCAGCUUCACGCUAUCUUCACAACCUGCAGGACAAAGGCAUUGUGGAUAAAGUCAUCAAGGAGAUUACAACACUGGCAGAAGAUGGGUGUCCCCUGGUCCGGAGCCCAUGUAUGUGUGACAAGGGUGAGAGGGGACCCGUUGGCCCUGCUGGUAAGAAGGGGCGUCCCGGAGAUGAUGGAGUCCCCGGCCAAAAGGGAACAAAGGGUGAGAGUGGGCUCAGUGGACUUCCUGGUCGGGAGGGAUCGGAGGGAAAAUCAGGAUACAAAGGAGAGAAGGGAGAGAGGGGGGAGUGUGGCACACCUGGAAUUAAAGGAGACAGAGGUCCUGAAGGUCCUAUUGGGCCGAAAGGAAAUCGUGGACUUCAGGGUUUGCCUGGUCCACUUGGUGAUUCUGGACCUGAAGGUGUGAUGGGAAGAAAAGGGGAACGGGGACUUUCUGGGCCACCUGGAGUCCAAGGGGAAACUGGAAUCGGUCUUCCGGGACCCAAGGGUGAUGUUGGUUUCCAGGGGCAACUGGGGCCGCCGGGUCCUCCAGGACUUGGCGAGCCCGGACCACCGGGGCCUCAAGGGCAACAGGGAGUCCAAGGAGAGAGAGGACAGAUAGGAGAAGGUCUCCCCGGACCAAAGGGAGAACGAGGCUUGGAGGGGCCACGGGGGCCCAGAGGACAGCAAGGCGCCGGAAUCAAAGGAGACAAGGGGGAUUUUGGCCCUCCAGGUCUUCAGGGGCAUAUUGGCCUCCCAGGAAUGGGCAUACAGGGUGAGAAGGGCGUGGAAGGACCAAGGGGUCCACCAGGGGGAAGAGGACAACCAGGAGAAGGUUUACCUGGACCCAAGGGAGACCAGGGGUUACCAGGCGAGGUUGGCGCCUCAGGAGAAAGAGGUGCUGGAGACCCUGGAGCUAAGGGUGAGCCAGGAUCACAAGGAUUGUCUGGUUUGCCGGGCCUGCCAGGAGAGGACGGAGCCCCUGGACAGAAGGGUGAGGUAGGACCUGUAGGUGUAAGGGGGCCAGAGGGAAUACAUGGUAUUGGCACCCAGGGUGAAAAGGGUGACCAAGGCUCAAGGGGAAUCAGAGGCUUGACUGGUCCACCUGGCAUUGCUGGACCCUCUGGACCAAAGGGAGAACCAGGUUCGCAGGGCAGGGGGGGCUCACCUGGUCCACCAGGCCGAUUCGUUGUCGGACCCAAGGGUGAUCCUGGCCCAAAUGGUCCUCCUGGUCCGAUUGGGGAGACUGGCUACGGGCUUCCAGGUCCAAAGGGUGACCGAGGAGAUUCAGGCUCUGCAGGUCCACUCGGUCCCAAAGGAGACGGCUACCCUGGGCCCACGGGCCCUCCAGGUUUGCCCGGACUUCCAGGAGAACCCGGCCUAGAAGGAUUGGGCAUCCCUGGACCAAAGGGGGAUGUUGGUUUCCGAGGGUUACCUGGUUUACCUGGACCUCCAGGCGAAGGUCUCCAAGGACCUCCGGGUAACACCGGGCGACCAGGCCCACUGGGGCCAGCAGGGCCUCCAGGACAAGGAGUUCAAGGGCCAAAGGGUGAACAGGGGGCCCAGGGUGUGACAGGACCAAGGGGGCAACCAGGAGAAGGCUUCCCUGGAGCUAAAGGCGACCGUGGCGCAGGGGGGGAGAGGGGACUGAAGGGAAUCAAAGGAGAUUUGGGAGACCCUGGAUCCUCAGGCCAACCUGGUCGACCCGGUGUUAAAGGUGAAGCAGGCCUCACUAGAGAGGACAUCAUUCGGAUGAUCAAAGAGAUUUGUGGAUGUGGGAUCAAAUGUAAGGAGAGGCCUAUGGAGCUGGUGUUUGUCAUUGACAGCUCAGAGAGUGUGGGCCCAGAAAACUACGAGAUUAUCAAGGACUUUGUCAAUGCAUUAGUUGACCGGGUCACUGUGGGCCGCAACGCCACCAGGAUUGGUCUGGUGCUUUACAGCCUGGAGGUGAAGCUGGUGUUCAACCUGGCCCGUUAUGUGAACAAAGAAGACAUCAAGCAGGCCAUUAGGAACAUCCCAUACAUGGGAGAGGGCACCUACACGGGUACAGCCAUCCGCAAAGCUACCCAGGAAGCCUUCUACAGUUCCCGUGUGGGAGUCAGCAAAGUGGCCAUCGUGAUCACUGACGGGCAGACGGAUAAACGAGAGCCGGUAAAACUGGAUUUAGCCGUACGAGAAGCUCACGCUGCCAAUAUUGAGAUGUUUGCUCUGGGCAUCGUGAAUACUUCAGACCCAACACAGGCUGAGUUCCGCAGAGAGCUGAAUCUCAUCGCCUCCGACCCAGACACUGAGCACAUGUUCCUCAUUGAUGACUUCAACACCCUGCCAGCUUUGGAAUCCAAGUUGGUCAGCCAGUUCUGUGAGGACGAGAAUGGAGCCCUGAUUUAUAACAGAGUAACUAACGGCUACGGAUACAAUGGCUACGGUGGCAACGGCAACAGGAAUGGCUACAAUGGGCCCAAUACCAUCGGACCUGGCACCAACAAUCAUGGCCAUGGAGGCCGGGGGGACAACAACCAAGGACAUGGAGGAAGGAACCCAGUGACCGGGACAGAGCGCGGGGACACAUUUAAUCGCAACACCCAAGAUGUCCCAUCCAGUGGCGGAGGCUCUACCUCAUCUUCUACAAAUUCUACACAAUAUAUACCUGCACCACGGCCGGCUCUUCCCAAAGAAACCGUGCCUUUGGACCCUCGUUGCAACUUGGUUCUGGAUCAGGGAACAUGUCGGGACUAUAACAUUCGCUGGUACUACGACAAACAGGCCAACGCCUGUGCUCAGUUCUGGUAUGGAGGCUGUAACGGCAACCAGAACCGCUUCGACACGGAAAAUGAGUGCAAGAGGACGUGUGUGACGGCCUGAUCUGCUGGAGGCUGAGUGAAGGCAUCUGCUGUAGAUACUUCAAGGAGGAGCAGCUAAUAUCAGCAACUUUCCACAGGGUUAUGUCAAGUUUGUGCAUAAUUCUCAGGCAUUUACACUGAUGUCAGGAUUUACUUUGGGUAGAAACCAUUUAAUUUCACUCCCCAUCUUUGUGCCCUCUCCUCUAGCACUUAUUGUAACAUUAUCCUCCUCUAAUUGCAGUGAAAAAGAACUUAGCCUUCAUAGAUACCUCCACUGUUUAUUUUACAUCAGUAUCUAACGCUGGAGAUACUCCAUCGCUCCUACUCAGGAAUACAGAUGAGCACUCCCACAGUGUGUCUCCAGUUCCUCUGGGAAUCCCACACCCAUAGGACAUGAUCCUUUUUGUCAUACACAGUCUGUGAGCGCUGCAAUGAUUGUAAAAAAAAAAAUUAACUGUUUGCUCAAAAUGAACUGUAGCGAUUCAUUUCUUAGCUCAGACAGUCACUGUAGGGUAUGUUGGUAUACAUGCAUAAUCACAAGAGCCAAUAACAGGCAGCAGACAUUAAGCCUCUCAUCACUUAUAUCAAUAAAAUAUAGUUUGUUCUUUUUUAUAUAUAAAAUGACUGGAUGCUCUGUAACUUCACAUAAUUAUUUUGUGCAUUUGAAUGUGUUUUUAUUUUUUAUUUUUAGAUUUUCUGAAUGAAAUGUGAUGUUUUGUGUUUACAUUGUUUCACGUCUCUGUGUCCACUAACUCUAUUUACAUUUAGUUAAGCAGUCAUGCUGCCACACUGAUGGACAGACACACAUAUACACACACACUGCCCUCUACUGGGUGACACAUGCCGAUGUCACAGAGGUUGGUGUUUCAGUAUAAGAUCCUAUAAGAGCAGAAUUUAACUUCCUCUGUUCAUUAUGUGAUUAUGUCACCCA